AUUUUUUAUUUUUUAGAGAUUUUAAAGAUGUUUCGACAUAUUUUUUCUUCUUAUUCAAGAUUUACUUAUGGUUUUGGAGUUAAGAAAAAUGCCGGAAUUGGUUUAUUGACCGCGGCUGUAGUUGCUGUCUCCAAUCAAGGACCUCAAAGUUGGUCAGAUUCUGAAUUAAAAAAGAAGCCUGGGUGGUAUCAAGAAAAUGUUCAUAGAUUGGAAAAUGUUGUUAAAAAACUUAGUCUUUAUUCAUUUGUUGAGGAUUCGGCAAUUAUUGAGGAUGCUGUUGACAUUUUACAAAGAGUUGAAAAUGUUAAUAAUUGUGAAAUCUCUUGGCGUUUAGGCCGAGCUUUUGUCGAAAAAGCGAAUUUACUUGCUUAUAAGGCAAUUGAAGAUCGAAAGGAAUUGUUAGAGAAAGCUAUUGUUCAUUUGAAUAAAGCUCUCCAAUUGGAAAGUUCUAAAGGUGUAGCAGGUGUACAUAAGUGGUAUGCCAUUGCUCUUAUUCUCCUCAAACAAGUGGACAAGGACAAUAAACAUGUAAAGAAAGCCGGCAAAGAAAUCAUUAAUCAUCUCGAAACUGCGGUGAAAUUGGAUCCGAAGGAUGCUUUUUCAAAUCAUUUUUUGGGUGUUCAAUAUUUUUUUGCUGGAGACUAUCAGGCUUCGUUGAAAUAUUUGAAAACUGCCGAAGAUUUGAAGCCAGGGUAUCCAGCCAACCAGACAUAUCUUGGUAUGGCUCUAGCACUGACUAACAAAAAAGAAGAGGCGCUCAUUAUAUUGAAGAAAGCGUUGUCAGAACCUUCCAAAAAGAAAGCUGAUAACAAGGCGAAAGUAAUUGCCCGAGGGUUUCUUAUAAACAAAUUAGGACAGAAAUCUGAUGACUUGAGUUUCGUUGAAGAAUAUUGA